CUUAUAAAGGCUUUUAAGCUAGCUAAACCGGACUCGUCCAGCUGGUAGACCAUUAGUUGCUGUUGUUAGCGCUGGCAUUUGUCAUCGCAGUACGCGACGGUUGAAGUCACUCUGUGUGAUUACGUUCUCUUUUCGUUUCCAUUACAUGAAUUACAAACUUUUUGCCAUCUCUCUAUUGAACCAAAAAAAAAAAAAAAAAAAAAUAAGCGGAUAUUAUUUCUAUGCCUUGUACUUUCCCAGGAAUAAUCUCAACAACUUCCCAAAGUUUCAUGGUGAUCGGAUUAAAGUUGUUAUCGGCUGGGCUUUGCUACGCCCAAAACAGCGACAGCACUUGUUAAUAUAAACACGUCACAAGCAUUCCUCAAUAUCACGGUUCGUUACACAAAUAUAAUAAGCAUCAGAGUCAGACCAUUAAAUGGAAAGUCUCUUGUUUCUUCUUUCCUGUAUGGAAUGUAUCAACAAUCUACAUGAUAUGGUAUUGUCAAAGAAAAACAUGUGAUCACAGCUACAAGAAAUACAUGUGAUCACAGCUGCAAGAAAUACAUGUGAUCACAGCUACAAGAAAUACGUGUGAUCACAGCUACAAGAAAUACAUGUGAUCACAGCUACAAAAAAUACAUGUGAUCACAGCUACAAGAAAUACAUGUGAUCACAGCUACAAGAAAGUCAUGUGAUCACAGCUACAAGAAAUACAUGUGAUCACAACUACAAGAAAUACAUGUGAUCACAGCUACAAGAAAUACAUGUAAUCACAGCUGCAAGAAAUACAUGUGAUCACAGCUACAAGAAAUUAAUGUGAUCACAGCUACAAGAAAUACAUGUGAUCACAGCUACAAGAAAUACUUGUGAUCACUGCUAUGAGAAGCGAAUAAAUGCUUUAUGCAUGUGUUUUCAGUCAUGUUUUCCAUCACUCUAAUUAAAAACGACACAUAUUUCCACGUGGAGCCGCGGUAUGUUUUAACAAAACUACAGCAAACAAUGGACAAAAUUACUUACAAACCCUCUGGGGGUUUUUAACAUCUAUGCAAAUAUUUCUUGUCGUAAUUUUGAUAGUACAUCAAUGAUAAGAGCUCCACUAGCAGUAUGUCCACUGACGGGUUGGGUAGAGUUGAAAUUUCCCACCCGAUUUUACAAAGUGCAACUAACAAUCAAGUAAAUCCUUUUUUUAAAGAAGGAACAGUUUACCACCCAUCAAAGGAAAUUCUUGUAAGGCAACGCCAAGAGUAUGCAACCAAGAAAACGCCUUCAACACAAGAUGAAGCUCUGAAGCAACUGGAUAAUAAAUACGCUUCUCCCGCCAACAUUCUCACAGGCAUGAACUCUCAGUUAAAUUUAGCACAAAUUGAAGCAGACGCACUCAGAUCCAGUGCUGGUGGUUCUGUAUUGUCAGACACAUCUUCAGAUAUUUCAGAUGUUAUUCCUAAAACGAACACUGGCAAUUCUACCUUCGUUCUUCCAUUAGUAGAAGGCUUAAACGAUGAAGAUAUUAUUCAAGUGGAAAUGUUUUAUCGAAGUCAUAAAAGUGAAAUUCGAGUGUGUAGAUCUCUAGCCAAUUUGUAUGUUUCUGUUCCUAAACUCCACGAGCGACCCAAAGUGAUUCAACUGAUGGAGAAAACGUGCAGAGCGCCGCCUCCUGCUGAAAAGGCCUUAGAUCCCUUAGACUUCAGCAAGGAUGACUGGGAAUUCUCUAAAACUGGAGUGCCAGUACUGGUUCUAGAUACUGGUCAACAUGUUCGAGAGCGACGCUUGACCAUUCUUUUAGCAGAAAAAGGGACAGGUUUUACGCUGUGGCAAGAUCAAGUCAACCACCUGACCCGUUACAGCACUCCACACACAAACUUCCACACCAUAACUAUUUCUACAGACUCGACGCGUUUGGUCGGUCUCAGUUUUGAUGACGGAAAUGCAGCAGCCGACUUUGCAGACGCCGUACGAAAGUUAAUUUCAAAUUCAGAUGAUGACAUGCUAAAAUUGGGAAAAAAGAAGAAAAAGAAAAAAGAAAAGGAUAAACAAAAAGCGAAGCCUCCAAAAAAAGUUGACAUUUCUCAGCCUUGUUGUUUUGUGCAUGUCACAAAGCUGGAGCGACCAAACUUUGGUGCCAACCUUUAUCCACUUGCACCUAGCGAAUCCCAGGCAGACACGUGGGGAAGAGCCAUGAGUCAGAACUCCGGAAUAUCAGAGUCAACAUCAUCUUUGGAUCAAUGAUUGGAAUUCAUUGGUCUUUAUCGUGAAAUCAACCAACUGACUUUGACCAUGAUUUUGAAGAUCUGUACGAUCGCAGCCAUUCUAGUCGACUAUGACAAAAAAAAAAAACAAAAAAAAAAACGAUCAUACAUUGACAGCCCUAUUCAUCGUUCAGUGCGGCCUUAGUAAUAGAAUCUUGUACAAAGUUAUUUUUAUACAUCAUCACCUUCUUUAGAUAAUAAAUAAAUGAAUUAUA